AUGGGAUGGGUGGAUGUCUUAGUUUAGACAGAGAAGGAGCCAAGGCUAGAACGCGAAGUGAAGAAAUCGACAGGCAACUUGCAGAAUUGGCAAAGCAAGAGCGAAAUGUCAUCAAAAUACUGUUACUCGGUGCAGGAGAGAGCGGAAAGAGCACAUUGGUAAAGCAGAUGAAAAUCAUCCACAGUGAUGGCUUCACAAGAGAGGAGCUCAGCAGCUUCCGGCCAACGGUCAUGGAUAACCUCUUAUCCUCCAUGAAGUAUGUGCUCAGCGGCAUGGGUCUGCUGAGGAUAAAUCUGCAGUCUCAUAAAAAUAAGUGGCAUGCACAGACAAUUCUGACCAGCUCCAGCUGCUUUGACAAGCAGUUCAAUGUCUUACCAGAUGUGGCUAAUGCAUUACACGAACUAUGGGCAGACCGAGGAGUGCGAUUGGCUGUGGCACGUGGAUAUGAGUAUGAGCUUAAUGACUCUGCCUUAUAUUUAUUUGAAAACAUGGAUCGAAUCUGUGAUGAAAAAUAUGUGCCAACACCAACAGAUGUCUUAAGGGCAAGGGUUCGCACAAAUGGCAUCAUUGAAACACACUUCAAAAUCAAUGAUGUUAUUGUCAGCAUGUUUGAUGUUGGGGGGCAGCGAUCUCAGAGAAGAAAAUGGAUCUACUGUUUUGACAAUGUCAGGGCUGUGAUGUUCGUGGUUUCACUCAGUGGUUAUGAUAUGACGUUACUGGAGGAACCAUCAGUAAACAGACUGGAUGAAAGUCUCACUCUGUUCUCACAGAUUGUAAACAAUUGCUUCUUUCGUGAAGCAUCAUUUGUUCUCUUUCUCAAUAAAUUUGAUCUCUUCCGUGAGAAAAUUUUGUAUUCUGGUAGACACCUUCGACUAUAUUGUCCUGAUUACAGAGGUCCAGAUUAUGAUGUUGACCGUGGUGCUCUCUUCAUUCAACAUAAGUUUCUUAUUCAGAAUCGCAGCCCAACUAAGAUUAUCUACCCACACUUUACUACGGCAACUGACACAUCAAAUGUGCAGGUGGUUUUCCAGGUGGUUGUUGAUACUGUUGUGAAAGAAAAUCUCCGACAUGUGACACUUUUGUAAGUGAUGGCAUAACUCAGAACACAAUGUAUUCUGAUGGAUCUCAAAUAUCUUGCCAUUCAGUCUCUCUUAAAUUGAACAUAUGUCUUGUUGUUUCUAGUAUUUUAUUAUUGUGCCAAAAAUUCUCAUUUAGUGCAAUUUAUUAUAUUAUUAUUGGCAUAAGUAAUUUUGUUCUGCUGAAUUAAAUGUUUAAUUAAUUGUAUUUAGUCGUUUUUAUUUUGAGUCUUUUCAAAGAAUUAUUUCUGUUUGAUGUAAAGUAAAUAUAUGUCUGUUGGACUGAAUGUUUCAUGUUUGAUAUUGGUAACAUGCGAAGACAUAUUAUAUCUCUUAACCACGUGGAGGAUGUUCUUGUUGUGUCACCUUUUGUAGAAAGAACAUCUACUUAGUUUUUAAAAAAAUCUGUUAAAAUUCUACUUACUUAAAAGAAAAUCGUUGUGGUGCCCCUGUGAUCUCCAGUUUCCUACUACAGGGGAGUAGAUCGACAUAAUUCUAGGACGUAAUGCGGUUCUGAAACUUUUGAAUACAUACAUAGUCGAUUUCCUGCACUCUGUGUACUGGAUAUACUCCUCUCGUUUCUAAUGGACUAUGUAAUAGUGUGACAACCAACCUUUUAGAAAAGGCAUCUCCUUACAUAAUAUAUCUAUAAUUUUAUUUUUUAGAUUAGUAACCUUGACUCAUUACUGCAAUGACUGAAAUGAUGUCUGACCUUUAUAUCACUUAAAUUAUUUUACUCUUCUUUUUAUUGUCCACCAGGCACACUUAAAUGUUACUGAUCAAGCUUGUCAUGGUACUUUUUAUGCUUCAUUAAUAUAAGUGAUGAAGAACACUUGUUUUGAAUGUACAUGAAAGUUAGUUGCGAUGUAAUUCUAAUAUUUAAAUAAUGAAAAUUAUUUAAGAGACUGAAAAUAUGGAUAUACAUUUUUUUGUACUUUAGUAUUCUGAAUGGUAUAUGCUGUCAAAAAAUAAUAAAAAUAUAUAUUUUAUAUGAAUCAUUGUCAUCUAAGCAUGAGCUGCCACAAUAUUGUUGUUCAAAGAGAGAAACUUUAUCUGUUAAGAGAGUGUUUGAAAAAAUCAUAUAUUUUAUUUUAUGAAGUAAAAAAAAAUGCCAUAAUAAAAGGAGAGACAUAAUGUCUGUGAUAUAUAAUGUGUUCAAUCCAGACUGUUGGAUGACCUUUUUUAUACAGUACUGUCAUUUGUAUUAUUGAUAUUAUAAGGUUGAAUGGCAAUCUCAUACUCACUUUAAAUAAAAUGCUUUAGUGUGUUCA